CACACACACACACAUACACACACACACAUACACACACACACACACACACAAAAGCCCACCGGACAAAAAACGCCACAGCUCUCCCAGCCUGGCUGCGGGUCGCGGUUUUACGCAGCGUCCCUCUGCGCUUGUGGAACUUGUGUUUUUAAAUGUUGGAGGAGGAUCCGGCGGACAGCAGGACGCAACCUGGCGGACACUAGAGGGAAUAUGUGGCUCUCCUGGCUGACUUGUGCACUUCUGCUGGGAACUUUGUGUGCAGGACUGAGCCAUGGGGAGGCCGACACCCGGGAGUGUUUGUACUACAACGUCAACUACGAGAUCGAGAAGACCAAUCAGAGCGGAGUGGAGCGCUGCGAGGGCGAGAAGGACAAACGCUCGCACUGCUACGCCUCCUGGAGGAACAACUCGGGCUCCAUCGAGCUGGUGAAGAAAGGCUGCUGGCUGGACGACUUCAACUGUUACGACCGUCAGGAGUGUGUGGCGACGGAGGAGAGUCCUCAGGUCUUCUUUUGCUGCUGUGAAGGAAAUUUUUGCAAUGAGCGGUUCACACACCUGCCUGAUGUCACCGGACCACUGAUCAAAGCCCCGCCCCCCAGUGUCGGUGUGUUAAACGUGAUGAUUUACUGCCUGCUGCCGGUUACCAUGCUGUCUGUCGCCCUGCUCACCGCUGUCUGGAUGUACCGACACCGGAAACCUCCGUACGGACACGUGGACAUCACAGAGGAUCCUGGUCCUCCUCCUUCCUCCCCCCUGCUGGGUCUCAAGCCUCUGCAGCUGCUGGAGGUGAAAGCCAGGGGGCGCUUCGGCUGCGUCUGGAAGGCCCAGAUGAUGAACCAAUACGUGGCCGUCAAGAUCUUCCCCAUCCAGUACAAGGAGUCAUGGCAGAACGAGAAAGACAUAUUCAUAACGCCAGGUAUGAGGCAUGAAAACAUCCUGAGGUACAUCGCCGCGGAGAAACGAGGGAGUCACCUGGAGGCUGAACUUUGGCUCAUCACUGAGUUUCACGAGAGGGGCUCUCUGUCAGACUUCCUGAAGGGCAACAUCGUCAGCUGGUCCGAGCUGUGUCACAUAGCCGAGUCGAUGGUGUGCGGUCUGGCUUACCUUCACGAAGACAUCCCCCGACAGAAAGGAGAGGGACCAAAACCGGCCAUCGCUCACAGGGAUUUUAAGAGUAAGAACAUCAUGCUGCGUUCAGACCUCACAGCAGUGCUCGGUGACUUCGGCCUCGCUGUUCGCUUCGAGCCAGGGAAACCACCUGGAGAGACACAUGGACAGGUGGGGACCAGGCGUUACAUGGCUCCUGAGGUUCUGGAAGGAGCCAUCACCUUCCAGCGAGACGCCUUCCUCCGGAUCGACAUGUACGCUGUGGGCCUGGUGCUGUGGGAGUUGGUGUCCCGAUGCAAGGCUGCUGAUGGUCCGGUGGACGAGUACAUGCUGCCGUUUGAGGAGGAGGCCGGUCAGCAUCCGUCACUGGAGGAUCUGCAAGAAGUCGUCGUCCACAAGAAGAUGAGACCGGCCUUCAAAGACCUGUGGCUCAAACACAGCGGUCUGGCUCACAUCUGCGAGACGGUGGAGGAGUGCUGGGAUCACGACGCCGAGGCUCGCCUGUCGGCCGGCUGCGUGGAGCAGAGGAUCUCCCAGGCCCGCCGCCUCACUACCACCAUCACCCCGCCUACCUCCGACCACAACACCCCGCUGGUCUCCACGAUCACACCCGUUCCCAUGGUAACCAAUGUGGACCUACCGCCCAAAGAGUCCAGUAUAUGAGUAAAAAAAAGGAAACUAAACAUAAAAUUAAAUUUUUUGGAGGCCUGA